AGCCCACUGCUACUGUACUGGAUGGUGUUUGGGACAUGAGGCAGUUGUUUAUCAACUGUGAUUCACCUAAAGGACACAAGGAGGCACAUGUGUUUGUGUUCAGAAUGGAGGGGUCCUCGGUCUCCAUGCUUUAUAAAGAUUGGCCUCUGGAAAGUGAAACCUACAGAAAGGUGUCAUUGGAUUUCAAGGUUGACCUGUCAACACUCACACCUGUCACUCUGGACAAGGAAAAGGUAGAUGACACCUGUAAAGCCAUGGGGAGAGACUUGGGCAAAUGGGUGUCAUCUACCAGGCUGUCUGAAGAGGAAGGCUUGUGGUGGGUGUCCUACAUUAGAAAGAUGGGGGACAUUCACACUCUGGCCAUCAAGCUGUCUGACUUCAAGCCCUUCAUGCCUGCCCCAAGGGAAGAGAACACCCUCCCAAGAAAUGUACAAGAGGCAAUAGAGCGAAGCAAUGAAAAAAUGCAGAGGCAAUCAAAGGUAUCACUUACAAAGCACAGAAGACAAGCCUCAGCGGAACUCUGAGAUGGUGGCCUGAUUGUAACACUGAUGUAAAUAUGUAUAUGCGAUGUAUAUAUAUGCACUGAACAUUUUCUUUGUAUAAUCACAAGCUAAAUUUGCUUUUGCCUCACUGUCAAUCGCUUGCACAAAUUAAAUUGAAGUAGAUUUUGGAAACGAUUUGGACUUUGGUCUCAAAAAGGAGGGGUGGGUUUUGUUUCUAUGUCACAAGUAGAAAACUUUUCAAUAUCUUUCAGCAGAGCUUAGCAGAU